GUAAGUUGCAGGUUCUUUCUGCAGUUUCUGAUUCGACAUUUUCAGCAGUUCCUUUGCAUUCUACUGUCGCUCUCUCUCCGAUUCUGUUUCCUGCACCUAUUUCCUCUCCGGUUUACGACGCGGUCUUUUUGUAGUGCCGAUGUUUAAGCAUGCCAUGCCGGAAUGGUAAGGAUCCGGCGGACUCGUCCAAUUCCGCCAGACAAGGUCACAACACGAAGAGUUUCGACUCGCCGUUCAAGGUUGAUCCGACAACCGACGGCAAGAGAGACGACCCCGUCUGGCAUUUCAUCGCACGAGGUCGUUAUUUGGAUGGGUCCACUGCGGCGGGUAGAAAGAGUGGUCGUCGCUGCAUGUGCAGGUUGUGCGGCCGUUCGAUGUGCAGGGGCGCUAAGGCCGCCAAGGAACACUUUUCAAAGAGCGAGAAUUUUCGAUGUGAGGUGGCCACUCCUGCAGUGUGGUAUGCCAUCUGGUCAAAGGACAUGACAAAAUGUACGAAGGAGUUCGUAUCGGCUAUCGAGGCAUUGCAGAGCUUAUCUCACGGUCAUCCGAACUUCCAGUGGCCACCGCUACGAUACCCCGAGCACUCAGUGCCGCCCCUCGAUUCCGCCACUGCCCCCUUGGAGACGGUGCCUUCGUCUAGUCCAGCCGUUCGAGUCACAGUUGUGGCCGCCGGCCACAUUGCUAUGAUGGGCAAACUGGAGCCUUCGCGCGUGGCUGCAGAUGCUCGACAGCCUGCUUCCCUAGUUGGGGAACAGGCAAUGCCCGGGCUGGGUGCUUCUGAGGUCCCCAUUCCGGUGUCUGAUUCGUCGCCAACCCCGCUUCCACCGACGACAGGUGUUGCUUCAGCUGCUCCACAUGUACUUACCGGUUCAUUGGAUCCUUUGUACCGCAUGCGCGACAUUGCAGCGGCCCAGAGCGCGACACCUGAGAGUCCUGGUGGGUUGUUGGAUGUCGGGAUCCUUGGCGGGCCAGCCACGACGGGACGUGGCCGGGGCACCUUUCGCCAACAGGCUGUCACGUCGUAUUAUUCGGACCCUUUGGAGCACGCGUGGCAUUUGCAGAUCAUGCGCUUCAUCGUCGAGAGUGGGAUGACGUUCAACUGCGUUAAGCUUGAAAGCUUCAAACGCAUGUUCGCGAUGAUCAUCCCGCCGCGGGUUCCAGGGGCGCCCACGCCCAAAGUACCCACGUACCACAUGGUGCGCACAUCCCUUUUGGAUGAGCUGGAUGCAGAGGUCCAAAAGUGUGUUCGGCCACUUCUUGACACGGCGAGAGAGUUUGGUUGCACAAUCAUAACCGACGGUUGGACCAACAUUAGAGGUCAGACAUUGUGCAACUACCUUGUCGGGACAAAUUUGGGGGCAGCUUAUGUGGCGACCGAUGUCAUGCACGGGAAGAAGGACGCCACUGCCCUUGCGACCGCGUGGCUGAAGAGGGUGAAGUCCAUGGACAUGGACUUGAGCGACAUCACAGCGUUCAUUCCGACGACUGGUGGGGCAGUGGCGGACAGGGGGACAGUCCAAUGCCGUUCAGGGCGAGUCGAGAAGAGACGAGGCGAUGUGGUGAUCUACCAUGAUGACAGCUCCACGGCCGCGGAGGCUGGCGAAACCACAGGCGCCGGCGAUCCAGUAGCAGCAACACCUGCUCGGGCUGCUGCUGCAGCACUACGAGCUGCCACUACAGCAGCACUUGCAGCAUCACCUGCUGUAGCAGCUGCAGUAACCUAUAAUGACACAGGUGGUGCUGGCACUACAACAGCACUUGCAGCAUCACCUGCUGUAGCUGUUGCAGCAGCACAUAUUGCAGAUGCCGCAGCUGAUGCUUCAGCAACACCUCCUGCAGUUGCAGCAUCUGGUCCGGCAGCACGUGCUGCAGAUGCCGCAGCAGGCCCUGCUGCAUCCAGUGCGGCAGCCAAAGGACGCUUCUUAGAGUCCUCCUUAGAGGGCCAUGAGACCCUUAGACUAAUCCCUAGCAACGGGGAAGUCCCCGAUUCGGAGAGGGUAGAAGGGGGAAGGUCCACGGUCAGUGGGGAGUUCGUGUGGGUAGAGUCCAAAGAGGUCGAAGGUCGAGGACUUGGGAGGAGUCUCGAAGUAACUGCGGUUAUCUUCUUGGCCCCGGAGGCUUGGGCAAAGAUUAUAGUACCCCUAGUUCUAGGACAAGGGGGUGGGCUGGGCAGGUUGUUGAGGGAUGCAAGAGAAGCAAGAGGAGAAUGGAUAAGUAGGGUUCGAGAGCGAUUUACGUUUGUGGCUAUAGAGAAGGAGAGGUUCGCAGGGGAGGGAGAGCUUCCUAGAGCGCACUAUCCGUUGACCGUGAGGGUGCCAUCCUUCUUGUUCGCAGGAGCAAACGAGGGAAAGAUAGUGAGGCUUUUAGAGAGGGGCAGGUGUUUGGGACUACCCUUCGGGGCCCUGUGGACGCUAUACACCCAUUGCAUCGAUCAGGGUGUCCCGCCACGUAGGAAGCUUUUGGGGAAUUUUUAGGAGAUUGGGUUCUCUAGAAAAACCUUUCACCCUCUCUCCUGAAAGUUAUCGCUGGUGGUUCUUUAAAACGUCGUUAGUAGAUGGUGAG